AUGGACCUAGAGAAGUUCUUCCAAUGGUUGUCAGCCAUUCUGGCUGCCAUCUGGAGCUUCCCAGUCUCAACAAAGAAGUUCAUCGAGAUCAAUAUCUUGGAAGGCAUUGUUGAUCUCAUUCGAGACUCCUUUUCUAUGAUUCCAUCCCGUUGGGCCGAACUCGUUGCCAAGCUUCUGUCUGACAUUGUUGGCUUUCUCAAGUCGCUGGCUCUCUAUCUCCACCGAGGUUUAAUCAAGGGAAAGGCUUUCAGCCACCUGGUUGAGCUUAUUUUGCCCUCUACUGUCUCCACAGCUCAUAUGUCUUACGAUGACGUGUUAAACGGUCGAACUCGCCCGCCAGCUGCCUUACCCGACCUUAUGCUCCAUCUCAUGAACGUCGUACACGCUGCCGAGGGACUCCAGUUCUCCGUGUGGGCACUGGCAUAUAAAAAGAGGGUUCACUCGUCCAAACACAAUAUGCGUUCUUGGUCCCCAGAUAAUCAGCUGGAGGCUGAGCGUCGAGCUCGAGUCGUACGAACUGCGGCCAGUCCUAUUGACCGUAGUCUUGCUGCACCAUGGGAAGACCAGGAGGGCCAUGCUCGGUUCUCAGCUCUUAGUCCAGACGUCAAGGAAGAAGCUGCACGAACAGUUCAAGAACUGUACGACCAAUACAACUUGACCUCGCCGUUUACCAACGAACACAGUUCGUCUCACACAACAGAGAUGCAGGUUAUAUUAGCAACCUAUAUCUCUCCAAGGGGCUCUCGAUGCGUCAAAUUUUCCUAUAAGAGAAAAUUCGCCCUUCUGCUCGCACUCCAAACCACUUUCCAUCCCGAUGUCUUCGCCGCUCUUAAGGCGGAAGCCGACCGAGACUUACGAGGUGCACCCUUUGAAAGCUUCCGUCAGACUGUCGUCCGAAACGCAAACCGAGACCGUAUCCGCUUUGCUAAGGCCCUGGGUAUUAUGCUUCUUUAUCUCGGUAUCUUGACCAAUGUCUUCUUGUUGCUCUCCAAUGCCCCGCGUCCAUACCGUGCACUUCCUUCGAUUCUCUAUAUUCUUGGAACUUCAUGUCUGAUCUGCGCCUGCAAGGGCAUAUGCGUCCUCCUCCACAAUCGCAAGCGUCGCCAACUACGUCCUUGGGAAAUCUUCUUGACUGAAGAGCAAUACAACGAUCAGCAUGACCCGCGUUGUUAUCCAUAUGGUCUCACUGUCAAUCCGAAGGUGCACAAUCAGCCUUGGAUCGUGGAAUACAAGAAGCGCUACUUCUUGCGUCGCAUCUUCGACCGCGAAGUCUGCAUCGAGGACCCCGCGAUCUUGAGAUUCCACACCCGGCUCUUCUACUCCUCUCUCGUCAUUGGUGUUCUGAUCGCGGCCGCUAUCUCGGUCAUCUGGGUCUUUGCAAUUCCCAGCCUGCCCCGAAACCUUCUUCAGCCACGCUCGAUGGAUAUGACAGCAUAA